AUGGUAGAGUCACUUCCCUUUCAUAAUCAGAAGAAGGAGAUCAAAGAGUUUGAAUUGUGUACAAGGUAUUUACAACCCUGCUUCCAAAAACUCUUUGAUUCAGAUGACCUGUCAAUCAUGUUUAAGUGGCUCAAUGUCAGCUGUUUCACAGACACUGACAUUGAUGCCACUCAAAACCGCCCAGAUGGUUGCGCUGAAAACGACCUUACAGCAACAGGUUAUCUGGAAGUUAAACCCAUCAAGCAUUCCAAGAACCAUCGUAAAGUAAACAUCGAUUUGCAUCGUUUGUGCACUUUUGCGAAGACUGGUACAAGCAAGUUUAGAUCAAGGUACAUGUUUCAGGUCAUGGCUGUUGGUACAAAUGUGCAGUUUCACAUCAGUGAAGCUAUCGGUGAUGUCUUGGUUGUCUGUGAGCUUGAUAGCAUACGCCUCCCGCUGUCACUGGAUGAACUUCCGCAGCUAAUUCCGUACCUUGGCCGUUUGUACAACGUUGUCGAAGUUGUUCACCGCCUCUGUUACACUACCGAGUCAUGUAACAUUAGCCCCAACUUUGGUUAUACAUUAGAACCAAAAGUUAUUAAGGCCAUCAUGGAGAAGACAGUCGACAGAACCCGUGAUAAUCCGUUCUAUCAUCCCUACCACUAG